AUGACUGAGAUUCGUGUUGAACUGAGUAGAAAUGCAGAGAGGUAUAGCUGGAUGGAGAAAUAUUCUACUAUACCUGCUUAUUAUUCAAUAAAGACACUCGGUAAUAUGCUUGCUUCCCGCGCCUUGAAGGUGCUCAAACUACAACAUGUUGCUCGGAAAUCCCUGUAUACCUCAGUAAUACGUUGCCAGAAUCCCACUUCAAAGGAGCCGUUUUUAAAUGGGACUUCAUCCAAUUACAUUGAGGACAUAUAUGAAGCUUGGUUACAGAAUCCUGAUAGUGUUCAUAAGAUGUGUGGCUUCUGGAGCUGCCCCGGAGAAGCUUACGUCAAACCACCUACACUGGGUAAAGAGGAUCUGAAAUUAGCCCAUUUGUCUUCAUCUCAAGUAGCUGGGCAGGCAACGAGUCUAAGUUUGAAAUCCAUCGAGGAUCACCUUUCGGUUCAGGCUAUAAUCCGAUCUUAUCAAGUGCGCGGUCAUCUUGCGGCGGAUUUAGAUCCACUAGGUAUUACUUCACCAGAACCCGGCGUAGCCAGAUAUAUUGUCUACCAAAGGUUCCUAGGUGAAAGACGAGAGCCUGACUUGGAUAAGACAUUUAGACUGCCACCUACCACCCACAUUGGAGGCGAUAAACAAGAACUUACUCUGCGUGAAAUAAUCAGACGUUUAGAGGAUGUUUACUGCAAGCACAUUGGUAUUGAGUAUAUGUUUAUCAACAGCUUGAACAAAUGUGAUUGGAUAAGACGAAAAUUUGAAACACCUGGUUCGCUGAGCUUUACUCCAGAAGAGAAACGCUUGUUACUAGCCCGUCUUAUUCGCUCAACAAGGUUCGAGUCGUUUUUAGCGAAAAAAUGGAGUUCGGAAAAACGUUUUGGACUUGAAGGAUGUGAAGUAUUAAUUCCAGCGAUGAAAGCUGUUAUCGACUCUUCAUCUGCCCUUGGUGUUGAAAGUUUCGUUAUUGGGAUACCUCAUCGUGGAAGAUUGAACGUUCUGGCUAAUGUUUGUCGCAAGCCCUUGGACGACAUAUUUUGUCAAUUUGAUUCUAAAUUAGAAGCGUGUGAUGAAGGCAGUGGUGAUGUAAAGUAUCAUCUUGGCAUGAGCCAUCAACGUUUGAAUCAUAUGACCGGUAAAAUGAUUAACCUUGCAGUAUGUGCAAAUCCAAGUCACUUGGAAGCAGUUUGUCCUGUUGCUCAGGGUAAAACUAAAGCUGAACAAUUUUAUCGAGGUGAUACGGAUGGGAAGAAAGUUAUGUCCAUCUUAAUACAUGGUGAUGCCGCAUUCAGUGGUCAAGGUGUUGUUUAUGAAACCUUCCAUCUAAGUGAUCUGCCUUCUUAUACUACCAAGGGUUCGAUCCACAUAGUUGUGAAUAAUCAGAUCGGCUUUACUACUGAUCCUCGUAUGGCUCGUUCUUCACCGUAUUGUACUGAUGUGGCACGCGUUACAAAUUCACUCAUUCUUCAUGCUAAUGCUGAUGAUCCAGAAUCAGUUAUGCAUGUUGCACGGGUUGCAGCAGAGUGGCGUUCUGAGUUUGGUAAAGAUGUUGUAAUUGAUCUAGUUUGUUAUCGUCGUUCUGGUCAUAAUGAAAUGGAUGAACCGAUGUUUACUCAACCACUCAUGUACAAGCGUAUUCGUGAACAACCCACUGUAUUGGAACAGUAUAGUAAGAAACUCAUCAGUGAAGGAAUUGUCACUGAACAAGAGUACAAGGACGAAGUAGCUAAGUACGAUCAGAUAUGUGAAGAUGCAUACGAAUUAGCCAAAAAACAAACGGUUACGUAUAAUCGAGCUUGGAUUGAUUCUCCAUGGCACAACUUCUUUGAAAAUAAAGAUCCAAUGUCAUUACCGGAUACGGGAGUAGAAAGCGAUGUCUUAGAACAUAUCGGUCGUGCAAUUAGCGAAUCUCCUGAAGGCAUGGUAAUUCAUUCUGGUUUAAAACGGACACUCAAGGAACGCAAAGAUUUACUUGAACAAAAGAUGGCCAAUUGGGCUUUGGGUGAACUUUUUGCUUAUGGAUCACUGUUAAAGGAAGGUUUUCAUGUCAGACUAUCCGGUCAAGAUGUUGAACGUGGAACAUUUUCACAUCGGCAUUGUGUCUUACACGAUCAGGAGGUGGAUAAAAAAACAUAUGUUCCACUAAAUCAUCUGUAUCCUUCCCAAGCACCAUUUACUGUGUGCAAUUCCAGUUUAUCUGAAUAUGCGGUUAUGGGUUUCGAAUUGGGUUACUCGCUUACUAACCCCAACUCUCUUGUUUUGUGGGAAGCCCAAUUUGGCGAUUUCAAUAACACUGCUCAAUGUAUUAUCGACCAAUUUAUUUCGUCUGGACAACAAAAGUGGGUACGUCAGUCAGGGAUCGUUCUCUUGCUUCCACAUGGCUAUGAAGGUAUGGGUCCUGAACAUUCUAGUGCACGUAUUGAACGAUUCCUCCUGAUGUCUAAUGAUGAUGAAAAUCAUGUACCUGUUUAUAGUGACAGCUUCACUAUGCAACAAUUGCAUGAAACAAAUUGGAUCAUUGCAAACUGUACUACGCCAGCGAAUUUCUUCCAUAUUUUACGACGUCAAAUUCUACUGCCUUUCCGCAAACCUUUGAUAGUCUUCACUCCGAAGUCACUGUUACGUCAUCCAGAAGCAAAAUCACCAUUUAGCGAUAUGCUCCCAGGCUCAGAGUUUAAACGCUACAUCCCUGAUAGUGGUCCAGCCUCUCAAAAACCGGAGGGUGUUAAAAAACUAAUCAUUUGCAGUGGCAAAAUCUACUAUGAGUUAGAUAAAGAGCGCAGGUCCAUUAAUCGAGAGUCAGAAAUAGCUAUCAGCAGAAUUGAACAACUGACACCAUUCCCGUAUGAUUUGAUUCAGCAAGAUUUGGAACGUUAUCCAGAUGCUGCUGUACAGUGGGUGCAGGAGGAGCAUAAAAAUAUGGGAGCAUGGACUUAUGUACAACCGAGAGUAAAUCAUCUCAUAUACAGGACUAUGCCGAAUCGUCAUCAUAAUCGUAUUUUGUAUGCUGGUCGACAACCUAGUGCUGCAGCUGCUGCUGGAAAUAAAGCUAUGCAUCUGAUGGAAAUCUCUCACUAUCUGAAAAAUGCUCUGUCAUUAACCUAA